AUGGCCGCCGGCGGUUUCUCAACCCUUUUUAUGAUCCUCAUCACCGUAUUCAUGAUCCCUGAUCGCCCCUCAAUCUACGUUUCCCCCCUUGGCGUCUUUAUGCUUGGAGGUUGUGGAGUUGACUUCUGGAUCAACAUGCUGCUUGCACUUGUCGGUUACUUCCCCGCACACGUCCAUGCCAUCUAUUUGGAAUACGUCUAUAUUGAUCGUCGCGGUCGCGAUCCACUGACUCGUGCCUCUCUGCAGCGCGCACCGUUCGUCUUCUCCGAUCGUAUCCAAAAUGGAGGCCAUCGACGUACAUCUGCUGGCCGUACUCACGGUACCGAGUGA